AUGUCUGAAUACACAUCCACCAUUGAGGGCUAUCAGCGCGCCAUGAAGUGGGCUCUCACGGGUCCACCUCAGGAGGCAAAGGCAUAUGUCGAGGCUCUCUCGACGCCUACCUUCUACCACAUUAUGAAUGGACAGCGUCUCUCUUAUGAUGCCUAUGUCAAGGGCAUGGAGGAGUGGCGCAGCAAGGUCAGCCACUAUGAGCCUGUAGUUCUAGAGUUUCUCCGUGAUGGCGACAUGCUGGCAGCUCGCAUGACCGGCACAAUCAAGGUUGAUGGAAUCGAAACUGAAUUUGAGAGCUCCAUGUUUGCCAAACUCGAUAGCGCCGGCAAGAUGGAAUGGCUGAAGGAGAGGUCUGUCUGGGGCCCUGUGGGCGGUGCAGCUGAUAAAGGCACCGAUCUAGGUAGGGGCGCUCACUACUGA